UUACUAAAUGAUUUUUUAAAAAAGCUUUACGAUGUAAUCAUGAUGCGCAGUAAUUGGUCCAACCUGACCAGCGCGGAGGAAAGUAACAUGCACCACGUGACACCAUUAGCGCUACACUUCGGUGUCGUUCUGGAAAAGGUGAGCUUCUCUCUCGGGCUAUGAGGCUGGUCCUGCGGAUGCCAAAAGCGGUCCUACACUGCACAAAAUCGAUACAGGAAGUAGCGACAGGAACGCCUGGCUCUCUUUUGCUUUACAGGAGCAGUUUUGUGGCUGAAUGGGGCCGGAUGCUCCUCUGUACCAGACUGGCUGCUGUCACUCGAAUGCUGCUGUGUGGGUCUGAUGCGUGACCGUCCGCAUUUCUUUCUUUUCUUUGUGAACUGUACUAUUCUCUCUCUUUCGUUGCGCCUGCAGCUCUCUGAUGAAAAAAGCGGCACUUUUUCCUGUAAUAGCAUCAUCGCCUCCUCUGAGUGUAGAGACCGCAUGAUUGCUUCACCUGCCUGGCCUCAUAAUUAAAUAAUUUACUUCGGAAUAAUAUCAGUGAGACAUUUUAAUACUCAUUCAUUUCAAAAUACACAGUAAAGAAUUGCAUAUUUGGACCAAUCAUUCCUGACCAAUUAGAGACAGCGUAUGGGCCAAAGCCACGCCCAUUCAAUACCAGCUAAGCUAAUCACCCUUCUAUUUGCUGAUUCUUUCUCCAUCGUUUGACUUAGACGUCUUCGACGCCCUCUUGCGUUACGGAGUGGAAAGACAACAGAGCAUGUCCGGACAAGCCAUAAAUUCACAUCCAAACUGUCUUAAACACACCUUUUAUUCCUAGAAUGUAAAUAAAUAUAUGUAUUACAUUGUAUAAGUAAUGUCUACAUACACCCCUCAGACACCUAAAUAAUUUAGAAACAGAAUAAAGGUAUAAAUAUUUCAGUACAAAGUCAUUAGAUACCAGGUAGGCUACCUGAGCCACAUGAAACAGCCAGGACAGAGGAUGAUUUAGAAAGCUAAACUAUUUUAAGUUGUAUUUGUUGAAAUAUAGCGGAUCAAUUACUGAAAAUGACACUAGUUCAGGUGUUUGAGACAAUUUGGGAGAGCUUCCAGUCAAAAGACUCAGUUUUGCAGCCUAUGUGGGACUACGUGCGACUCAACCAUUCUGAAACUCUUCGGUCUCCUCUUUUUCCUGUGAUUCUGACCGUAGCGUCAUAUUUUGUUCUUUGCCUACCCUACCUAGUCUGCGACAUCAUGGGUAAGAAGUGGCCAGCUAUUAACCGCUACAAGAUCCAACCCGGCAAGAUGCCCACAACUGCAAUGCUCUUUCACUGCAGUGGAGUUACUCUUUAUAAUCACGUACUUCUGGUGUUUCCUGCAGCAGUAGCGCAGUGGAUCUGGAGACCUCCUGUUCCCCUUCCUGAACAAGCACCUACAUUGCUUGAACUUGCAGGUGGUGUGACUGGAAGCCUUCUUCUUUUUGACUUACAGUAUUUUAUCUGGCACUUUUUGCAUCAUAAGAUCCGCUGGUUGUAUGUGACUUUCCAUGCUAUCCACCAUAAUUACUCCGCCCCAUUUGCUCUGGCCACACAGUGCCUUAGUGGAUGGGAGUUGGUGACAGUGGGCUUCUGGACCACGCUCAACCCCAUUCUGCUGAGGUGUCAUCUGCUCACCACCUGGAUGUUCAUGGUGGUCCACGUCUAUGUAUCGGUGGAAGACCACUGCGGAUAUGAUUUCCCUUGGUCCACGUCUCGUCUGAUCCCAUUUGGUGUUUAUGGAGGUCCGAGCAAGCAUGAUGUGCACCACCAGAAACCUAAUACUAACUUUGCACCCCAUUUUAGUCACUGGGAUAAACUGUUUGGCACUCAUGCUGAUUUUAGUUUUGCUAAAACUCAGUGAUGAGCAUGCAUAUGUGUAAAUAUUACAUUUGCAUGUUUGGUUGCUUCAGGCAGAGCUUAAACAAUGCAGAACUUAUAACUUAAGUUUUCACUUCGA